AUGCUUCGGAACGCUGCGGAACGCUUCUGGAAUGCAUUAACACAUAUCGAUAUGGACCAGCGCUGGAUACGCUGGAGGUUCGCAUCGAUCGGAUGGGUCGAGGACCAGGCAUCCGUGACGGCGAAAAGGAAUGAACAGGCGCGCAUCGAGUUUACAGGCAAUGGACAACAAGAUUACCCAUUGGUUAUUGAUUACAAUGUGGCCGCCGAGCCUCGACAGACGAUUCCCGGAGGGUACCCAAGUCCGGAUAUCGAUACUAACAUGCCAGGAUGUAAGUCCUCGUCCCUCGUGGGCUGGAGGCAACCCGAUGAACCUAUACCAGGUGAUAAGUCCUCGUCUGCACAAGGCUGGAGGCACCCUGAUGAACUAGUACAUACCAAUAACGUAGAAUUAAGGCAUGUAACUGUACCAGCGCAUAUAGUUAGACAAACGCGCACUGUAGAGCAGACACCAGCGAGUACUGAACUUACUGGGCUCGCAGGAAUAGUAAAUAGCGGUACAAAGAGCGGAAACGCUCAGGCGAUUGGAUUCGAGGAUUCGUCCAAUCGAGUACAGAAGGUCGAGUUUGAGGAUUCAACUCACCGAGUACAGGCGAUUGAGCUUGAGGAUUCGCUCUAUCGAUUUCAGGCUACCGAGUUUGAGGAUUCACUCGAUAGAGGACAGGCGAUUUGGUUUGAGGAUUCACCAAGUCGAUAUAGAGAGCUAACGGCGAGCAUCGAGGAAUUUGCAAGCCAGUACAAGAGUUACAGAGUGCAUAUAGUCAGUAUCAGUGAGAGCGUGGAUGAGUAUCCAGUGAGCGCACUUACUUCAGAACGGAAACACAUCGACAACAGCGAUGUAGAGGGCAAUAAGACAUCUAAGACCCUUUUAGGCAGCGAAGAAAGCAGCCAGGACUCGAAGAACAAGAGUAACAGACAAGGCCAGGAGAGCCAGGCAUCGGAAUUACAGAGAUCCGAUGAGGAACAAGAUUUCCAGAAGGCAAGUAAGACCUUCAGACACAUCGCAAGAGCCAGAGCGAUUAAGAUAGACAUAGGACAUGUCAGCCCAUUCCACAGUUCGAUAGACAUCGAUGAUUUGAAUAAGAGAACGUACAAGUUCGAUGGAAUGUAUCAGGAAGAGGAGAAAGCAACUCCUUCAUCAAAUAAGAACGGACUCGAUAGUAUAGCAAAAGAAAAGCGUGAAACGCUUCAGGCAGGCUACAGAACGAAAGCCAGACAUGCCACAGUACCUACAGACAAUAGAGAUCACAACUAUCGAUCUAAGAGUGUAGAAGAAACGCUCAAGAGUCCAGACAAACGAUCGCAUUCGCAGAAAGCGAAAGGAAAGUGCAAAGCGAAAGGAAUACGCAAAGCACAAGGAACGGAACGAAAACCGGAACUGCCAGGCAUUCAAUACGAUUGUGAAAUCGAUUCAGACUAUCCAAGCGAAACGGACAUCGCAUCAACAGAACGGUACUUUGAGGAUAGCAAAAGUGAACGCAAAUUGGAACUACAAGGAUCAGUACUUGAUCCAGAGGGCGAAAACCAAGCAUACACCCACGAAAUCGAGUGUUUAACCUCAUACAUGGCAGAUAUCGACUACGCAUUGCACAGGAGCAAUGUACAGGACUACUACAAUGGAUACGACACCCUAGCCAGGUCCAGGAAUAAGAGAGAAAGCGAAAUACCUGGAUAUAUGCGGUCUCAAAUGGAAACAUCGAGUUUUUCAGGACAUCAGAGUAUCCCUCGCGAAAAUAAAAGGAACAAACGAUCCCAUAGCGAUACUUCGCGAUUGAAAGCAGUCCCAGGCAAGGCAAACACUAGUGGUAUUAGUGAGAACAAUAUCGAUUCAGAGCGCAGCAAACUACGCAGUUCAAAGCCACAUAUUGAGCGCAGCAAGCAUAAGAAUAGCUCGAGCAGUAGUUCAAGGACGAACAAUGGACACAGGCAUACAGUGUAG